AUGCAUUAUACACUCAUUCAGUCUCUCCUUUCCGUCCUCUUUUUCUCCAAUUUCUUUUUUGUCAGCAAUGUCUACGGCCUCGCGAGCACCGACACAAUCACUUGGGGUGGUGCUAAUGACAGGACUGGCUAUCAGAACAACCACAACAUGGACCCGGCGAUUGUUGGAAGCGCUCAAUUCGGUUUGCUCUACAAGACUCAAUUACCCGGAACAUACUUGAUCAAUGGCCAAAAUGUGCCUGAACAGAUAUUCUCGCAACCCCUGGUUUAUACUGGCUCUGAUGGCGUGCAAUAUGUCUACAUUGCAACAACUCAGAACAAUGUCUACAAGAUCAAUGCGAAAACUGGCGUUAUUGUUGCUUCUCGGAAUAUCCACCGUCCCUUCCUGGUUAGCGAUCUGAAUGGAUGUGUCGAUAUCAAUCCUACCGUUGGAGUCACUGCGACGGGCGUGAUCGAUCCAGAUACAGACACCUGGUAUUUCACAGCAAAGACAUACAUUGACCAGACCCUCAAUGGUCCAACUGGCCGCCCGAACGGUCGCUAUUACAUACAUGCUAUUAGCACCGUGGACCUGAGCGAACGACCAAACUUUCCAGUGAAUCUCGAAGGCAUGGUUGCCAGCAACAAUCCUGUGCGAUCUUUUAACGGUGGGAUUCAUCAUCAACGCCCUGGUCUUCUCCACACUGGUGAUUAUGUCUACGCUGGGUUUGCUAGUCACUGUGUUCAAUGGAAUUUUACUGGCUGGAUAGUGGGCUGGCACAAACAGACGGGCCAGCUUGUGGAAAGAUUCGCGACUGAGGGCGCCGGUGUUGGGCCCGAUGUUCCUGGUGCUGGAGUUUGGAUGUCUGGAGGUGGUAUUGCAAGCGAUGACAAAGGCUCAAUGUUCUUCGCGUCUGGCAAUGGGUAUGCGUCUCAGCUGAAUGGCGUGCCGGUAAAUGGACGAAACCCUCCAACUGCGCUUGAAGAAGCCGCCGUCCACAUGUCGAUCAACAGUGACGGUUCCUUGACAAUAGUUGACUUCUUCAUGCCGUGGGAGAAGGUUCAAUUGGACGGUGCAGACAAAGACCUUGGCACAUCCCCUCUGGAACUUCUUCCUAGCCAAUUUUCCUGUGGUAACAUCACAAGAAUGGGUGUGGUGACUGGCAAGAGUGGUAAGACGUACUGGCUUGAUCUUGACAACCUUGGAGGUUAUCAGAACGGGCCAAACAAGCUCGACAAUGUAAUCCAGGUUUAUCAGAAUGAAAACUCGGUCUACGCUGGGGCAGGUGUUUAUCCUCUGGAAGGAGGGUAUAUCUACAUCAAUGUCAUCCAGUACCAGACACAUGUCUUCAAAUUUUCUUGUGACAACGGGGUCCCAUACUUCAACAAAAUAGCCGAUUCUCCCGAAAAGAAUGCUUAUAUCCUCGGAGUCGGUCAUGGUACUGUCACAUCUUUGAAUGAUCAACCUGGAACUGGGCUGGUCUGGACAUCUGAUGUCGAAGGCUCAAAUCUUCGAAUAUACAAUGCAGUUCCAGAAAAUGGCCUCCUCAAGGAAAUCAACUCCUUUGUCACUCCAGGGACGACGAAAUUCACUCGUCCAGUCUUUGGAGACGGUAUCGUCUACCAGGGAACGACUCUUGGAUAUCUUUAUGCCUAUGGCGCCCCCGUCAAUCUGGCACUGACCUGUACCAGCCCCCAGUUUAACACUACAAAUCUCAACACCACGAGCUCGCCUAUGCUGAUCCAAUGUCAGGCCAACACUGGGCUCACAGUCACAGCAGCAACUCUGUCAGGCAAUCCGAAUUUUGCAUUCGCCGGACUGCCCGCCCUUCCCUUCGCUGUAAAUCAAGGAAAAAAUUUCUCAUUCCAGGCAACCUUCACCCCUCAGACCGUCGGUCCACUCUCUUCGUCGGUCAUCCUCAACACAACACAGCAGGCAGCAGGCUUCAGCACCAACACUCCAGUCAAUCUAAAGGGCACGGGCCAAAGUCAAGCACCACUGCUGAUGAUUACUCCGAAUACUGUAUCCUGGAACGGCGUCAUUACAGGCCAGGUGGUGGGAGGCGUGAAUCAGUCGGUUAUUAUCAGUAACCUCGGGAAUGGUCAACUCAGCGUCACUGGCAUUGCUUAUUCUGUGGUAGGCGAGACGGGACCAUGGAUCACCCCGAAUGGAACCCAAGCUGCAGCUGUUGUGUCGGCAUUCACCUUCUACAAUAUGCCAUCCUCAGUGGCUGCAAACAGUGCUGUGACGAUUCCUAUCAAUUUCAAUCCCUCAGUCAGCGGCAAUUAUGCUGUGUUCGUCAAAGUACAGAGUAACGGAGGCUCCCAGGUAUUUGAUGUACUUGCCGCUGGCUCAGACCAGCCAAAAGCUGUCCUCGAAUUCCAAACUCCUGGUGGAGGAUGGAUCCAAUAUCGGAACGGCACACCUUUCAGUUUCGGGAAUGUUACAGAAAAUACAACCCGAUACCUGAAGUUGCGACUUUCGAACAAUGGUACAGCGAAUGCAGCUCCCAUUUCUGUGACAGUCAGUAAACCUCCCUUCGGACUUUCUGGUCUUAUUGGAAGCAACAAUAAUGUCGAUCUUGCUGAAGGCACACUGGUCUACGCUGGACAAAAUCAGACCGCGACAUUAUAUUGUUCAGUGCCAAAGAGCCAGAUCAAUGUCGACCCCUACAAUGGCACUGCCCAAUGGACCAUGAACCUCAAUGAUCCUUCGUUCGGCAAACAAUUCAUCCAAUUCUCUUGCAAUGCAGUCGCCGAACAAGCACCACCCCUCAAUGCCGUCACGCAACAAGGUAUGUACAGAUAUGCUGGGUGCUUCAAGGAAAAUAAUCCUGGAAGACAGCUCCAAACCAAUAUUUACAGUGGGUCUCUCAACACUAACGAGCAAUGCAUACAACAAUGCUCGGCCGCCGGUUAUAUUUUUGCUGGCACUCAAUACACUCAAGAAUGCUGGUGCGGCUACAAUCGGCCCAAGCAAGUUGUCGAUGAUGCAAAUUGCAAUUUUCCGUGCACUGGAAACGUCAAUGAAGUGUGCGGUGGCAAUGGACUCGACGGAACUGGCUCCUUCAUAUCAUUGUUUGGAGAUAUCACUCGCUGGAACGGCAACACCACGGACACACCUGGUCCGUACAUCAACCCUGGUUUACUCGGGUUCAACAGUCUAGGUUGCUACACCGAAGGAUCUCAAACUCGUGCUUUAAAUGUGCAGCCCAACUCGAACAAUACGGUGGCCGGUUGUAUCCAAGCUUGUCAGGGAUAUUCGUAUGCUGGAGUGGAAUACGGAGGCCAAUGCUUCUGUGGAAACACAUUGUCUGUUGGUGCUGUUAGCGCUCCCACGUCUGACUGUGCCAUGACUUGCAAUAACAACCAGACAGAGCUUUGUGGAGGUCCAAGUCGACUUAAUCUGUACAGAUAUGGCAAUGGCACUCUUCCCCCGUCGACGCCGACAUCUGCAAAUGGCGGAGGCAACAAUCCCACCCAACCAACAGGUCUCGCGGUCCCGCCGACAGUUGGAAACUUCAGCUACGUAUCUUGCUAUACCGAGGCGACUGCGGGCCGAGCACUUAGCAGUGUUGCCCUAGCAGACAACAGUUUUACCAUUCAAACUUGUGCCAGUAAUUGCACGCAGUACCGAUAUUUUGGAGUUGAGUAUGGACGUGAAUGUUACUGCGGGAACUCAUUGGCAGCGGGGAGUGUGCCUGCGACAGAUGGUCGUUGCAACAUGCCUUGUGCAGGCAACUCUACUCUGCUCUGCGGCGGCCCCGGCGGCUUGACCCUGUACAACAAUACCAAAUGGACUUCAACGACAACUAGUCCUUCCCAACUGACCGGGCCAGUCACAGUGCCAAGUACUGGUCAGUACCAAUAUGUCGACUGUCAUACCGAAGGCAGCAAUGGUCGCGCCUUAUCUGGAUUCGCCACUGCAUCAAAUGACAUGACAAUACAGUACUGUGCCGGCAACUGUACCGGCUACACAUACUUUGGUGUCGAGUAUAGUCGAGAGUGCUACUGCGGAAAUACCUUGAACACAGGAUCAGUGACGGCUACCGAUCAACGAUGUUCCAUGACUUGUGGUGGAAACUCGUCAACUAUUUGUGGCGGACCCAAUGGCUUGAGUCUGUACAAGCUCGUCGUAGCAUCCUCGAGCUCGAGCAUCUCCACGUCAAGCACGAGUAGCACAUUGACAUCGACGUCAACAUCGGCGUCGGUUAGCACAAGUCAGAACGUCAACUCCACAACAACCUCAGCAUUGACUACUGCAGCAUCACUGUCUUCGAGCACAAUCAAGGUAACUAAUUCGUCAAGUUUCGCCAGGUUCAUUAGUGUCACAAGCUCCUCGACCAUCUCAACCAGUUCUGUCAGCGCCAUGUCGAUGUUGUAUUUUUCAAGCAUGUCUUCGCCCACGUCGACUCGGAUGUUGACGAGCACUGCAGUUUCAAACCCCUCGACAUCAUCAGUCCGAUCCGCCUCGAGCACCAAUGCCAGCCUUACUCCUACCGCGGGUAUUUCGUCGUCAACACCGACGAUUGCUUCACGGACAUCAUCGUCCUCUUCAAGCGGUAUAUCAACAAGCAGUGCUUCCGGAAUGUUAUCUAACAGUCCGACGAUGAACACAUCCCCUUCAGGAUCUUCCGCCUCUGUCUCUUCCAGUGGGUCAAACGCGUAUGCCUCUUCAACAAGCUCCGGGCGUACCACUUCAGGAUCAAGCACUGCUUCCGCCUCAAGUCUGAGCGUUUACACGACAUCGACCGCAUCGAAACCUACCACGGCGCCGUCAACAACAUCAUCGGCCAGCUCCGGCUUCAGUACUGUCUUUGUGGCUCGGAUUUCGACGAGCACGAGUUCAACCACAACGAGUACCACCUCGGUUCCGUUCAGCUCAAUGUCAAGUCAAACUUCCCAAGCUCGCGUCGGCACUUCUGGUUCUGCUUCGACUUCAUCGACAUCAUUCACCCGUUCUCCAUCCCAAGGCAGCGUCAACACCAAUUCAUCGUCUAAGCUAUCGUUGUCGUCGUCGUCGUCGUCGUCAUUCAGCACGACCAUUCGCACUUCAACCACGAGUAUGAGAAUGACGACCACCUCUGCCGUAGCAGCAUCAACUACGACGUCAACUCUGUCAACGAGCUCGCCCACCGCGAACCCCUUUCUUCCAAAUGUCUAUGUUGGUUGUGCGGCCGAGCUCACCAACACUCGUCUACUGUCGAGUGCAUCCACGACAAACUCUAGCAUGACGAUCGAAUCAUGCCUCUCGUUCUGCACGUCCCAAUCCCUCCCUCUGGCGGGGCUCGAGUACGGCCGGGAGUGUUACUGUGCGUCGUCCCUGCCGCCCAACACGGCCCUGAACCUGACGGGCUGUUCCAUGCCGUGCGCGGGCGACGCCACCCAGACCUGCGGCGGCCGGUCCCGGUUGAGCGUCUACAACGACACCCUCUUGAGGCCCCCGGGCCCCAAGCCCGUCGUGGCGCCCGGCUACGCCUACCGGGGCUGCUUCACGGACCCCAGCAGCUCCCAGCGCACCCUGUCCGGUUACAGCACGAGCGACGACGCCAUGACCCAGGAACGGUGCGUCGGCGUGUGCGCCGGCCUCGGCUACACCUUCGCGGGCGUCGAGUACUCCCGGGAGUGCUACUGCUCCGGCACCUUGGGCGUCGUGGCCAACGGGGGCAAGGCCAGCCAGGUCGGCGAGGGCGACUGCAACAUGAUCUGCGCGGGUGACAAAUCCGAGGUGUGCGGCGGGAGCAGUAGGAUCGGUGUUUGGAUGGCUUCUUCCUGA